AUGAAAAGUCUUUAUCUUCUCUUUAAACCAACCACUUUACCCGCCAAAACCAAAACCCUUCGUAAACUGUCUCGCCAAUCUAAAGAAACCCAUUUCAUAUCUCUCAUUCAUUACUCCAAAACAAUCAAACAACUCCGCCAAAUUCACGCUCAAAUUCUUCGGCACAAACUCUUUCCAAACAGUCGCAUAACAACCCAGUUAAUAUCAGCUUCUUCUUUACUCAAAUCCGUUCACUAUUCCCUAUCUAUCUUUAACCACUUCACUCCCAAGAACUCUCACGUUUUCAAUGCUUUGAUUCGUGGGCUUGCCGAAAGUUCUUGUUUUCAAAGCUCUAUUUCUCAUUUUAUUUACAUGUUUAGCUUAGGUGUUAAACCCAUUAGGCUAACUGAUCCAUUUGUGUUGAAAUCAGCGGCAAGUUUGUGUCUUGGUGAUCUUGGUAGGGCCUUGCAUGGUGUGGUUGUGAAAGUUGGUGUUGAGUUUGAUACGUUUGUUAGGGUUUGUUUGGUCGAUAUGUAUGUAAAAGUUGAAGAACUGGGAUCGGGAUUUAAGGUGUUCGAUGAAAGUCCUGAGGAGAUUAAUUUGUUGUGGAAUGUAUUGAUUAAUGGGUGCUCUAAAGUUGGGGAUAUGGGGAAGGCCGUUGAACUUUUUGAGGCGAUGCCAGAGAGGAAUUUGGGGUCAUGGAAUAGUUUGAUAAAUGGGUUUAUGAGGAGUGGGGAUUUGGAGAGAGCAAGUGUGCUUUUUGAGCGAAUGCCGGAGAAGAAUGUGGUUUCUUGGACCACGAUGGUUAGUGGGUAUUCACAAAAUGGAGAACAUGUAAAGGCGUUGGCGAUGUUUUUUCGGAUGCUGGAGGAGGGUGUGAAGGCAAAUGAUCAUAGUGUUGUUACUGCUCUUUCGGCUUCUGCUAAAGUUGGUGCUCUUGAAGCUGGAUUACGAAUUCAUAAUUAUAUUUCACGCAAUGGUUUUAGGUUGAAUGUAGCUAUUGGGAAUGCUUUGGUGGAUAUGUAUGCAAAAUGUGGGAAUAUUGAGGCAGCUAGUUUGGUUUUUGAUGAGACAAAAGAAAAGGACAUUGUUACUUGGACUGCAAUGAUAUGGGGUUGGGCAAUCCAUGGACAUUUUGAGAGAGCUAUCCAAUGCUUCAAAGAGAUGAUGUACUCAGGAAUAAAACCAGAUGGGAUUGUCUUCCUUGCGAUACUAACUGCAUGUUCAUAUGCUGGGCAAGUAAAUAUGGGACUUAACUUCUUUGACAGCAUGAGGCUUGACUAUUCCAUUGAACCUACUAUGAAGCAUUAUACAUUGAUUGUUGAUAUGUUAGGCAGGACAGGUCGGCUAGAACAGGCUCUGAAGUUCAUUCAAAGAAUGCCGAUAGAUCCUGAUUUCAUGAUAUGGGGAACACUCUUUUGCGCUUCUAGGGCUCAGAAAAACAAUGAAAUGGCUGAAUUUGCCUCACAGAGGCUCCUGCAGCUUGAACCCAAGCAUCCUGGGAUCUGUGUUUUCUUGUCAAACAUUUAUGCAGCAGCAGGGAGAUGGGAAGAUUUAGAGAGAAUCAGGAGAUUAAUGCAGAGUAGACAAUUAGAGAAAAAUCUGGGAUGUAGUUAUGUUGAGGUGGAUGGCCAAGUGCACUGUUUUGUAGCUGGUGAUCAUGCUCAUCAAGAUGGAAAGGAGAUAUACCUGAAGUUAGAGGAAAUAAUGACUGGUGCUGGGGAACUAGGAUAUAUGCCUGGAACUAAAUGGGUACUGUAUAGCAUUGAAGAAGAAGAGAAGGAAGACGCCUCGGGAAUUCAUAGUGAGAAGUUGGCGCUUGCUUUCAGCCUCAUUCGAACUGCUCCAGGAAGAACCAUUAGGAUCAUUAAGAACCUUAGGGUCUGUGGUGAUUGCCAUUCUCUGAUGAAAUAUGCUAGCAAACUGAGCCAAAGGGAGAUAGUCUUGAGAGAUAUAAAGCGAUUCCAUCAUUUCAAGGACGGAAUUUGCUCCUGUGGAGAUCAUUGGUAACAAAAACAUUGAAAAUAUUUGGACCAGCUAGGGACUCCUAAAAGCAAAGCAAAUUGGGGACAAAAUGAAAGAAAACAGUUGUUGGCCAGGCGGAGAGCUGAUAAAGAGGAAAAUAAAAGAGCUAGAGAAAAAAAUCAUUAGAAGUUGGAAGUAGCACAAGGUUUUUGCUACCCUUUUCUUUUUUUUCUGUUUCUUCCCCCAAUCCAUUAUCCAAUUCUCCAAGACACGUUCUUAAUACAGUUUGUUUAAUGUUCUUCAAGUAUUGUUUAACUUGUACUUACAGAAAGAAGAAUGCUGAAACACUUAUUCAUAUUAUACGUUAGCCAAAUCUUACUAGCUCUGAUUUUGCGACUAAUAGGCAUAAACGAGGCUUGGAGUGCUCUUGGAAGAGCCUGAAACCAUAAACCCUUAAGAUUCUGCUAUGGAGGAAACAAAGGCAUGAAGUUGUUGCUUUUUA